GGGGAUUUGAUCAGAAAUACACUGUUCGUUCCGCACCACCGACCUUGAAGCAGGCAGACCUCUUACUCACACAUUAUAAAACACAGCGCUCUCCCUCACCGAGUCAUUUACACGAUGAAGACUCCACUCGUCCCCGUGUUUGUGAUUUUGAGUUUCCUCCGUGAUGUGGCACCUCAGAGAGAUAGACGCUUGCCCCCCGUUGGUGCCACUAUUGACCAACUCAUCGCUGGUUCAAUGGGGGGAAUAGAAGGUUACGUAAACAUUAGUAACAAGCUUGUGACCCCGGACUCCAUUGUUCUAGCAGAACUAGAUAUGUACGUAACUUACGAACAGUACAAGCUGUUAUACUCACAAAAAAGGGAAAGAGAAAAGAGAAAGGCUGUGAGAUCGGCUGUUCUACGUUGGCCGAAAGGACUAAUACCUUACGAAUUCAAACGGGGUGCAUAUAGUAAUAACGAUAAAUAUUUAAUCCGAGUUGCAAUGCGAGAAUGGGAAAAAUAUACGUGUCUACGAUUUAGAAAAAGACGAAAUGAUUAUAAUUAUGUCUAUUUUCAAGACAAUUUUGGGUGCAACUCUCAGUUAGGUAUGGUGGGCGGUUCUCAGGCUUUAAAUUUAGACAGGAAUGGGUGUCGAUAUAAAGGACUGUACCUGCACGAGAUUGGUCACGCUGUUGGUUUGGUCCAUGAACACCAGCGACCUAUCAGAGACCAAUUUAUUCGAAUUAACUAUAGGAAUGUCCAUCCGAGUCUCCGGCAGUGGUUCCAGAAAUAUCCCGACCGCCAAAUCAAAAACUUCAAUAUUUCUUACGAAUUCUCUUCUGUCAUGCACUAUGGCAUUACGGCAUUUUCAGUUGAUGGGCGUUCCAAAACUAUAGAAACACAACCAGGAUACAAAACUCGGGAGUCAGAAAUUGGACGAGUGUAUUCUAAAGAGCUGUCGUUCACUGAUAUUGCAACAGUCAACAACAUGUAUUUCUGUAAUAGACAUUGCAGUAAGAGUAUUCGAUGUAGAAAUGGCGGAUUUGUUGACCAGAACUGCCGGUGUUCGUGCCCAGAUGGAACGUCUGAUUGUGAAGAAGGAAAAGUACCACAGUUUCAAUUUUGCAGGAAUAAAGACAAGGACUGGUCAUGCAACGUCUGGGCAAAACAGGGAGAAUGUCAAAGAAAUGCUAGAUACAUGAAGCCAAACUGCGCACGUGCUUGUGGAAUCUGCGGUGAUGCACUUGGUGCAGAUAAAGUGAUUGGAGAUCAAUGUGUCAAUGCCUUUCCUGAUGACAAAUGUAAAGGUUGGAAAGAACUCGGAGAUUGUGUAUCUAAUCAACUGUGGAUGAAUCAAAAUUGUAAAAGGACGUGUGGCGUUUGCGACAAGGAUUCUGACCCACCCGAAUCGGGAUGCUCAAACAAACAUUCUGAUAAGAAAUGCGAUGACUGGGCGAUAAAAGGUGAGUGUUCAGUCAACCCACGGUGGAUGAAAACGAAUUGUCGCAAGUCGUGUCGUAUGUGUCCCGACAACAGAACCACCACGCGUCCGCCAAUAAGAAAAACCACUGUAAUACCACCUACCACCACAUCUGCUACCACCAGACCUACUACCACCACCAAAGUAAUUGUAAAAACCACCCGACCAACGGUUACUACCACUUGGCCCACAACCACCACCAUCUCUACCUACCGUCCAGAAACAACAACCGAAUCAAGGACGACAACCCAGAGACCAGUCUUGCCUUCUGCUCCUGCCGUCUUCGUAAGAUUAGUUACAUCAACGUCAGUAGAAUUCAAAGUGACAUUUCCACGAGACAGAUCAACUCCAGGACGUCUUACAGUAAAACCGUUCCAGCGAGAACUCAAAUCGAGGGAUUAUGAAAUAGAGAUUGUAAACAGUAAACCACAAGACAUAAAGGUUGAAUAUACAAACCUAAAACCAAGAACAGAAUAUUCCUUCCGGUUCUUCUCCACUAAUAAUGCUGGAGCGGGAAAAUUCAUCCAGAAGACAAUAACUACAAAGAAACAAGCUGGAAAUAGUACCUGUAGAAACAGCUACCCGACAGAAAAAUGUCAAAGGCUUGAACAGAGAUGGAAAUACUGCACCCUGUAUAGAAUCUGGAUGUCUAUACACUGUAAAGACACAUGUGGCCUGUGUCCCGUGCAGAGAGAUGAACCCGUCAUCAGAAACGAAGAUCCAAAUUGUAAAGACACAAGAAAGUAUUGUCGCGCGUGGUCUCGCCAUGGACACUGUAGGACGAAUCCUUCAUUUAUGCUCAAUCACUGCAAGUUAGCGUGCAAAGUCUGCGUACCAAUCUCAUAGAGACAGACCUUCACGGAGAGGAGCGGCCAUUGUUUCUCUUACUUAUAUUUUCCUGUUCAAUAUAUAAACCAUGCACUAAGUUAUAAUCAGUGUAUUAUCAAUAUAACGAAAAAUCAUGCCGAUUUUAGAUACAUGCAUAUAACAGGAGUUAAUGGAUUUUUAUGUUUGUAUUUACCGCUGUAGAACUUUACUUAUUUCAUAUGUGUGUAUGUAAUUGAUUUUGACAUGUAACAAUUAUAUAUAGUUACUAAUUUUGAUAUAAAACAGUAGGUAUCGUUAAUUUAACGAACAUAUUGGAAUAUACAUACAUUUUAUCUAGACUAGUCUACUUAUAUUCUAUAUACCUGUACACUAGUUACCAAUAUUAUAUAUAAAAGGUAGUGAUAUGCUGUUUUAACUACAGUGCAUACAUGAUAACAGAAUUAUUAAACUUGUACUGCUAUCAAUGACGUAACACUUUGGUAUUCUCUUUUUAAAAAUGUUUCUGUUUGAUAUUACAAUUUUUGUUAUUUUUACACUAUUGCACCACAAUUGUUACCUUAUUUACAUAAUGAUGUACUUUUUUACAAACCCAAGAAUAUGACCCAUUUUGAAAAAUUGUUUUUAUUCCUGUCCGUUUGAUUUUUUCAUAUAUGUAUCUCAUUUUUAAUUGUUUGCCUAUUUUCUUUGUUGGUAGAUAUAUUGACUAACUUAGCUGAGUAUGAUUAUUUUGAAAAAAUUAUAUUUCUUUGUCAUAUUUAGUUACUAGGGGUUUCUAAAGUGUCAAAAUGGACAUUUCCCCCUCGUCCCACGCUCUAGUGAUGAAUAUUCAGCAACAUAUCAUAAAUAUUUAGAUUUUAUUUUCAAAUUAUAAAAUUAAACAUAUCAAGGAUUCUAAACCAAUUUGAAUUUUUGUAAACAGGCCCCCCUACUGUUGCCCCACAUGUUCUUGUUAUCGGCAAGGAGCGGCCGAUGUGUUAGGUAGUGUGCAUGGGGAAAUGAGAGGAAUCAUUAUUUCAUUGUUUUGGUACAAUAAUUCCUUAUCAAUAACAUGUAUAAAAGUUCUGAAUAAAGACCUUAUAUAUAUAUAUAUAUAUAUAUAUAUAUAUAUAUAUAUAUAUAUAUAUCAUGUGAUCUACAAAAUCUAUUAUUACAUUCAUUUGCAUACUAUCAUGAUGGUAAUUCAACUAACAUUUCUUAAAUCAAUUUAGUUUCUUCAAUGCACAUAGGCGGAUUGAGAAUUUCAAUUCAAAUUUUUGUGGGAAUAAAAAUUCGGUGUGUUGGUCGCUUUUAGGUCACCCGAGUUCGUCCUGAUGGGGGCCCAGGGGCAUCCCGUAUGUUUAACUGUGUGUUUCACAAACUAAUAGACGUUUCAAGUACGUAUGCUAUAAUUUAACUUGGGAAUAAGUAAUGUUUAAUGUAGAAGUUUUUAAGCUUCAUCCCGUCUUGUUUGAUAACGCUGAACAUGGACUCCCUGUGUCUAGCCACUUUUUCAGAGACAGACUUGGGUGACUUCACAUUUUUAGAAAAUGUUUAUUCAGAACUUCCUCGAUAUACAUGUUGUAGCACCUGUAAGUUUAAGAUCUUUUUAAACGCACUUGCUGGUUUUAAAAUGAUAAAUUUUAAUUUCUGUUGCAAUUUUAACUGGGCACAUCCAAUAUUGACACCGAAAAAUUGAUAUUUAUUACAUUCAUAAUCAUUUUUGGAAAAUCCUUAAGUGCCCUUACAUAAAGGAUAGUAUUAUUAAAUAUUAUUAAAUGUGUUUUUAAAGUGAGUAUUCAAAUUUUUUUGUUUAAAUUGUGUCAGUUUCCAUUUUUAAAUAAAGUAUUUGAUAGUACAAUU